UAAAGGUGUAUGUACUUGAAAACUAAUAAGUUAUGAUAUGUCAUUAAUACAGACUAAAACCUCUCCUUCAUAUGGGGUAUGUUCAAGAUGAACAUGAGCUCUCUACCAAAAAUAAACACAAGAACAAGUAAUCCCAAUAUAGACAAACACGUAAGUGUAUACUAGAAACAGCUUUACUGUCUGUACCUAUUGGCAGAGCAGGGGUGUAUGUAUUAACAAGUACAAAGAGUACAUAGGGCAGCUAUUGCAUACUGGUACACGAAUACAGGUCGUCUUAGGUAUUUGUGUGGCUGUCGUCAUGAACAGAAUUGCAAAUGUACGCGCGUCUACCUGCUUUUUUGCAGAGCUAAAAUACAUAACAGAGAAUGUCAACACGACCGUCAUCGGAAAUGUCAAGUACCAGGUGUGACACCAGACCUAUUUAACAGACGAAGUCUUGAGGAAUGUUAACAAGAGCUCCCACAUCGUAUUUGCUUAUAUGUGACGAUGCCACACAAGAGAUAUUUAGAAAUUUGCCGAUCCGAUACAGUGCAGAUUCAUCGAAAGCCAUUGUCGAAACCUACACCACAUAUCUCUCUUCACAGGAGAAAAGUACCGUUCCUUAGAAAGCCAUAUGUUUAUCAUGUCGUGUUCAUCAGUGGGGAUUGUGAUUCAGGGACUGUGAAAGAUGUUCGGCAAUGGUUGACAGAUGUUGGCUACAGCUGCUGUGAUUGUCACAAGGAUGUUCGUCCUGGUCAGCAGCAGAUGAAGGGGGCAGCUGAGUUGAUCCACAAGUCUCAGUGGAUAGUGAUAGUUGCAAGCAUCCCUGGUGUCGAUGAACUGUACAGCAUGCUUAUAAACAUUGCGGUGACUACUGCGAUAGAGAGGCAACAGAAAUGCCUUAUAUCCCUUGUGUCUGAGAAAUCAGUCCAGAAACAGUUUCCACGCGAGAUUAACAUGUUCCUGCAGGUACAGCUGUAUUCGCCGUCAUGGAAGGACCACAUGCUAUCACUUCUAGAAAAAAGACCAACUGUACUCCGAGGCGAAGGUGAUCAACCAGGGAGGCAGUUUGUCCACAGAGGGAUGUCCUAUGCGAAUCUGUCUGUCAAAUGGUUACCCCGAUGCAUGACUUCAGUUGGGGAAUUGACCUCUACAAACAGGCGAACAAGUGCGCUUCCCUACACAACGUUCAGAAAAACGAAGACAGAUGACUUCCCGCCUGUUGAUAAUGUCGGCCCUACACAAAUACUCCAACAAGAGACAGAUGGCGCUGGCGCAACAUCACCGGAUGUGACAUCAAGACACAACAGUGACGAGAGUGUAAGAAACCCAGAAAGCCCUACAGCAACCGCUGACUCAAUCCAAAUGUCCCCAAACCAGAACCAAGCACAGCCGACUCCCGAAGAUGCAAAGCUACCAGAAAUAACACUUCAAAAACAAGGUUCGACAUUUCAGAUGCAAGCACACAACGAUAAUCGUUGCCUUUUACCUUCAACGUACAGGAUUGACCGUGGCCCUUUGAUCUCAACACGGAGGCUUCCCUUCCUCUGCAGCCUGCCCCUACAUAUACCUGGUGCUACGCCCAACACGGGAUUCAGGACAUAUGUAACAGACCCGUCAUCAACGAAAGACCCAGCCAAGACGUCCACGACACGCAAACCCCCACGGGAGCCUAUUCCGUUGGUGCAAUCAUGGGGUAAAUCACCGUCCAUUCAAACUUUUCGUUUACGGGUUGGGACACCUCGGCCAGUUCUGUUCAUUUAUGGUCUUUCCAAACAUAAUGACUAAAGGGGGAAUGAGGUUGAGUAUGUGAAUAAGAUCUCAUAUGAAUGACGCAAGGCAACCAACAAACACUUACGCAAAUUGUGUGAAUAGCGGGUGCUUCCGGUAGGGCAAGAGUUGCUUCCCUUUUCCCAAACACCUGAUGUCAUCACUGAUUUUCAGUUAUCCAUUUAUAAUUGUCAUCGCUAUUUUGCCUUUUACGCCCAAUAGAAUCUGUUUCGACAGAUAAUCGAGAUAAUUAUUCUCUGACGUUGUCGUUUUAUAUUUACGUUGCAUUAGCAAUGUUUGCAUUAUACUAUUGAAGAACAUUUGAAACAUGGUACUGGGUAAAUACUAGCAAAUCAGGAAAGCACCAUGUAUACGUACAUGACUUCUCUGUAUAUCACUUGCUUGAUAACGGUGUUAGAACCUACACCGAAACGUCGCUCUUAAUUGUAAUAAAGAAGUUGUUUAUCCAUAAAUUCUUAUACGUACAUGGUCUAUCGACAUUGCAUUCCUUGCUUGAUUGUCAGUGGAUAAUGGCACAAGGGAGAUCACUGUGUCCGCUGUUAAGUCUAAGAGAUUUCGAUGUCAAAUUUGUAGCGAAUUCUAAUUCCAUCGUAAUCCUGACAGUACCAGGGAUGUUAUUGCAGUAUGCCAUGGCCUUGGCUCCUCUGUCGGGUGAAGUCACGACGUCGAGUUGAUGCUGAGUAUUGUUUG